AUGGCAGAAGCAUUAUCAGAUCAUGAUGAAACAGAUUCAAUAGACUCUGUUGUACCAAGUUAUAGAGAAGAAGCAAUGGGUGACGAUGGUGAUAUUAUUAACUCAGCUAAGAAGAUGAGAGCAUCCGGCUUAUCAUAUGAAAAAGUGAAAGUCUUCUCUGAUGGCAAAUGUGCUGAAGAGGAGGCUGUUAAAUAUAAUAAUUUCAAAUGGACUUGCUGUAAAAUUAAUGAUACGGAGCAAGGAACCAAAAAAUAUUAUAAAUGCAGCUUUAAACGUGGUUCAAAUUGUCCAGCAAAAAUUUAUUUAUUAUUUCAUGCAAGCAACUUUGAAGUAACAUUAUUUCAAGCAAUUAUCCGGCAUGAUCAUACAAGAGAAUGCAAACAAACUGGUAUUCCAAUUGAAGUAAAAAAUGUUAUUAUUGAAUUAUUUCAAAACGGAUACACUACACCAAAAGCUAUUUUAUCUGAACUUGAUAAAUUGAAAAUAAUACAACCAAAGGCAUCGCAAAUUUCAAACUUUUUGGUAACUCUUCGCAAGAAAUUAUAUGGUCCAGCUCAAAUUAGUUUAAAUUGUAUUAAAAAUUGGUGUAUUGAAAAAUCUAUUAUUCCAAAUGAUCCUGAUGAAUGUUUUGUUGCUAAUUAUUAUAUCAAAGAUGAUGAUGCCAAUCCAUUAUUUAGGUUAUUUGUUACAACCAAAAAUUUAAUGAAAAAUUGUUUAAAUUCAAAUCAUGUAUGUGCAGAUGCAACUUAUAAAUUAAUAUGGCAGGGUUAUCCUGUAUUGAUGGUAAGUACUACUGAUAAACAGUGUGCUUUUCAUCCAUUUGGUAUGGCGUUAUGUAUCAAUGAACAAACUGAUGAUUUUGAGUUUAUCUUUAAAAGUCUUCAAAUAACUGUUGAGAAAUUAUAUAAUAUUAAUUAUUGUCCAAUUAUAUUAGUUGCUGAUACAUCUGGAGCUAUAACAAAUGGUUUUAUUAAUGUAUUUAAUGUUAUUGAAAAAAGAAUUAUGUGUUGGUUUCAUGUAACGAAAAAUAUUGAUACUCGAUUAAACGCUAUUAAAGAUAAAAAAAUGAAAACAGAAUUAAGACAAGAUAUUGAAUUUAUGCAACUUAUUAAAAAUGAAACAAUUUUUGAUGCAGCAAUUAAAUUAUUCCAAAAAAAGUGGAAAUCAAAGAAAUGUCCGCUAAUUAAUAAUUUUAUUGAUUAUUUUAUAAAUGAAUGGUAUAUGUCAAAUAAAGGAUGGUUCGAAGGCUUUGCUAUUGGUUAUCCAAGUUCUAAUAAUGCAUUAGAAGCAACAAAUGGUAAAAUAAAAUCUUUAUAUACAUUUCGAGAACGCUUACCUGUUGGUGAAUUUUUAUCAGUUCUCGAAAAAGAUAUUAUUCAUCAAUUAUCAAGAGAACGCAAUGUUGAUGAUAUAGUUACAUCGCAAAAUGCAAAAUCUUUCGCAAAUACUCCAUCUAUAAAUUUAUCACUUUGGACAUCAACUUAUCACUGGAUAAAAGAAGAACGAGAAGUUAUAAUAAUGAAAAAUAAUGAUGGAAAAAAAAUGCAUUUUAUUGAAUCAUCUUCAUUUCAAGAUAAUUAUGAAGAUUUUAAUAAAGAAUUUAUGAAGAAGCUAUUAUAUAAUCAACAAAACGUUAAUUGGUGUGAUUUUGAUAUUAUGAAAGGUGAACAACUAUCAUUUUGGGAAUGUGAAUUUUUAAAUGAAAGUGAAAAUUGGAUAAAAAGUACAUGUUCCUGUCCAGCUUGUUUAAAGUAUUAUAUUUGUAAACACAUUAUAGGCUUAGCAGCACGAUACAAAUUAUGCAGCAUCCCAUUGGAAGCUAAAAAUAUUCCUUUGGGACAAAAAAGAAAAAGAGGCCGUGGUGCUAAAGCUAAAAAAGCAUUAAUUGUGCAAUAG